CUGUGCACAAACCUCAUUCUUCACUUGCGGUCUCUGCACGUCUCUGACUCGCCUCUUUCGAAUUUCGUAAUUUGUGAAUAAAAAAUGAAGAGCUUGUGGACAUGUGUAAUAUUUUUGUUCAAUAUUUAUGUUCAUAGUGCAACGAUUGACGAUAUGACGCUGUCUCCGGACCCACCUCAACCAUUAACAUGCGUGAUCGGCGCUGGCUUCUCAGGAUUAGCAGCCGCAAGAUAUUUAAAGGAAUUUGGUCAGAACUUUAGAGUGUUUGAAGCCUCAAGCAAUAUUGGUGGCACUUGGAGGUUCGACCCCCACGUUGGAUAUGACGAAUAUGGAACACCUGUAUUCACCAGCACCUAUAAGAAUCUCAGGACAAAUACCCCGCGUCAAACGAUGGAGUAUAGUGGAUUUCCGUUUCCGGACUCUACGCCAUCUUACCCGACGAACACCUGCUUCUACAAAUACCUGACGUCCUUCGCGAAACACUUUCAAUUAUUGGAUAACAUUCAAUUAAACAGUUUCGUCCAAUCGGUGAAACGGGCAGGCAAACACUGGAACUUGACGUAUACUCAAACAAAUGAACGCAAUAAUAAUACAAUCGAAUGUGAUUUCGUUGUAGUUGCUAAUGGGCAGUAUGUCAAACUGAGAAUGCCCAAAGUUCCAGGGAUGAAUACUUUCAAAGGAAAAAUUAUGCACAGCCACGAUUACAAGGGGCCGGAUCCGUUCAAAAACAAAAAAGUCCUCAUUGUCGGCGCAGGAGCCUCCGGCCUUGAUCUCGUGACUCACCUAGUGAACAUCACAGAGAAACUGGUUCAUAGCCACCACAUAACAUACAACCAACCGAAAUUCCCAGAAAACUUCGUGAAGAAACCCGAUAUGAAGGCGUUUUUGUCCAAUAGUGUUGUGUUCCAAGACGAUACGAAAGAGGAUGUAGAUGUAGUAAUAUGUUGCACAGGGUACGAGUACGACCAUCCAUUCUUAGACAAGAGUUCAGGUCUCACUCUGACCGGGAAAUUCGUCCUCCCUCUGCAUCAGCACAUCGUAAACAUAAGACACCCUAGUAUGACUUUUAUUGGAAUCGCGAAGGGAAUUAUUAACAGAGUUUUGGAUGCACAAGCAGAAUACAUAGCGGCACUAAUAUCCGGCAAGUUUGAGUUGCCCUCGCAGGAACUGAUGCUAAAGACGUGGCUUCAGCAUGUAUACGCACUACAGGAUAAGAACAAGAAAAUUGUUGAUGUGAACCUUGUCGGACCAGCUAUGGACCAAUAUUUCGCCAACCUAACACAAGAAGCUGGCAUCACUCGUGCUCCACCUGUCCUCACGGAUAUCAGAGACUUCAAUGCUAAAUACCGAUUGGAGGAUUUAUUGAACUACCGUGAUUUCGACUAUGAACUCACAGAUCCCUUCCACUACAAGCGUUGGUACAACGGAGGCGGUAAGAGGGCGCAGGAUUGCCCGAUUGAUGUCGAAACAUAAACAUUUUUAAGGUUUUUUACAGUAACUAUUUUAUACGAUUACUGAAUGUGUUUUAGUUUAGCAGGAAAUAAAUCGUGUAAUUAGUUCUCUUCGCCAUAACGUAAUGUAAAUGAUAAUAGGAUUUUAAUCAUAACUAUAAUGGAAAUUGUCCGUUUUUAGACAUGUUUGUAGAAUAAUAAUGAUAACUCUGUGAUGUUUAGUUUUAAUAGAUAUAUAAAAAUACAUGAGCAUUUGGUUUAUUUUCCGACAAAAUAAUAGAAUAGGUGUAAAAUAAGGACUCGCCUAUAAAGACUAUUUUUA